CGAAACUCUAAGCUCGUUUCCUGUAUCUUCGCUUAUAUGCAGCCAAGACUACGGCUGAAGGACCAGUCUACUUCACACUGCAGAUCUAGCUGUAGAAAAAUGUAUUGUUUAAUUUUAAAGGGAAUGGUUCAGCCUCUGAUUCCUCAUGAAGUUUAAAGAGCAGACCGAGGAUGGUUGAUGUACAGUCUAAGAUAUUGAGCAAGGACUGAUGACAUCAGGUAACGAUACACCUUACCAAAACCAGUGCAACUCGAAAAUAACAUUACCAGGCUGGUAAAUACCUCUUUUAUAACUCAGGGACAGAAUCUUGACUACUGAACAGGCCAUUGGAAACCAGACAGCACAGAAUUCCUUUAAUAACAUAGCCUUCCUGAGGGAGAAUGAAAGGAGUGGAAGAUCUGUUCAAAGUGCUUGAUUUACAGCUGAUUUGCUCACAGUGUUUUGAGAAGAAGAAUGAGAGCACCAUCGUCCUUAAAAAUGUGAACCACAAAUGCCAGCAUCACCAUCUUGUUGCUAGGAAGCAACAGAACAGAUAUGACAGCUGGAAAUUCAUUCGCAGACGACCAACUUUCAUUAAUCCUGCACGAUAUGAAGUAUGUUGGUUCUACAGGGAAGGCUCAGGCUGCAGGAAGCAGCAGAAUCGCUGCACCUUUGCCUGGAGUGAAGAAGAAGCCUUUGUGUGGAACUAUGAAAGAAACAAUCACAUUGAACGAAACAAACUAAAGAAGUUGGUGGCAGAAAGAGCAAACAAUGGGAGACCAUGUUCAGGCACAGCCAAUGAAAAACAACAAAGUGUUGAGGAAGAAAUUGUUAAUGAAUUUGAAGGACAAUUUGUUGAAUUAUGUGCAAUAUGCUUCUACAGUGUACCUCAGCAGAUAGCCCAUCAAAACAUUAAUGGCUUUUGUACAUUCUCAGCACACCAUGGAUGGAGUCCAUUGUUGGUGCAUAUCCUUGAAAAUAACAAUGGUAUGAAACAAUGCAAUGAAAUUAGACCAGCCACAUCCCCAGAGAAGCUGCAAUACUGCAAACAUGUACUUCAGGGGGCAUUAUGUCAUCAUGAUUAUAAUUACUGCAAUUUUGCCCAUAGCGCAGUUGAACUGAUGGUAUGGAAAUCAGAGCUACAGCGGGGUUUGAAGCGUCCUACCUUGCUUCAAGUAUCCCAGCAACAAAACUGGAAUGGACAACCAGGAACAGAAAGGCUGGAAGAAAGAAGUGUUCAGUUCUAUUGUAGAGUCUGCCUGGUAAUCUUUUCUUCUCAGGAUAGGUUUGAGAAUCAUUGUACAACCGUAGAACAUACUCAGAUGGCCUUGGAAGAUACUACAGUUGUGUGGAAGCACCGAAACCCACCUCUUAAAGUCAAAAAAUAUCAGUUAUGUUCAAGGAUAGACAUCUGUGAAUUUGGCGAGAACUGCGUAUAUGCUCACUCUCAUGAAGAACUUGAAGAGUGGUUAAUGCGGUCAGAGGUUGCUCAGGAACUGAGGAAAUCAGCGAAGAAACAAGGGCUAAUAUCCUAUCGGGACAGAUUACUGGAGGAAUACAGGAAGUGUGGAAAUGAAGUAUUGAUUAUGUCAGAAGAAAUUGAUGAUAUUGCUAUUUCAUGUGAUUGUGCCUUAAGAGUAACCCAUUACAGGAGAAGAUCUAAACUAAAAUGGAACUUCCAUAUACAAUCACAGAAAUCAUUGUUGAAUGUUGCACUGCUAAAGAGAGAACCUGGUGCAACGUUCUGGCUGGAAGGAAAAGACAUACCACAUAAUUGUUUUCAUGCUGAAGGCAUCAAAUUCCGAUUAUCAAAAACUUCCUAUAAUGUUGGGGUCUCAUUCGAAGCUAUGAACUUUGGAAUUUAUGACCAGUGGGUUGUUUUUGAUUUUGGAAGCCGACCUCUACUUGUCAGGAAGAUUUACGUCAGUGAAAUGAAUGUUUUCCAACCACCUGUAAACCCAAGCAGUGAUUUCCAAUUUGCCAAUCUGGAGAGGUGGCACAGUGGCAAUCGGAGGAUAGUGCCUUCCAUGGAGAAAACCGAACAUGAGCUUCUGGUGUUGCAGAAGUACAAGACACCUGCUUUAGCAUUGGAAUAUAAAGUCAAGGACAUGGCAAAAAUCCCUAUAACACCUGCCAAUUACAGAGAAAAAAUGCACCAUUUCCUGUACCAAGAGGAGCAAGCUGAAGAAGAUGUUGUUUCAAGGCUCAGUCUACAGGUGACAAUUUCUAUCACAGACAAAUUGGAAGAUAUGUUUGAAGGGUUGAUCAUUGCGCAACAUGGAGAGCUCUUUGGUGUUUUUCCACCCCCUCUUGCUUUGACUGAUACAAAUGAAAGCUUCCUGUUCAAGAGAGCAGUUAGUACGGUGCUGUUAGCACCAAAUCCUUCCCCAAACAAUGUAGUUUAUGAGGCUGCCAUUCUUCAUGAGGCUACCACUGAAAAUCAAAUUGCUCUGAAGCUGUCACCACGUUGCCACGCUGCUCUUGCUUUCCACAAAGGAAGCCAUCACAGCGUAGAGAUUCAAUUCCAAUUGGACCGGCUUCCAUUUUGCUUCAAGCACCAAGCUGUGGAUCUGCUUCCAAAUGAGCAAAUUAUUUUCCCAGACAUCACCAUGUGUUCCAUUCCUCAGUUUACCGCUCCUAUUCUAACUGGAAACCAAAAGCAACGUGCUGCUGUUGCCUUUAUUGCUGGAAAAACUUAUGGGGAAAAAUCAGCCCCCCCUCUUCUAAUUUAUGGUCCUUUUGGAACUGGAAAAACCUUUACCUUGGCAACAGCAGCUAUGGAAAUAGCAACGAAACCAAGCUGCAGAUUGCUCCUAUGCACUGACACUAACAGUGCUGCAGACUUAUAUGUCAAGGACUAUUUUCAUCACCAUGUCUGUUCUGGACAUCAUGAAGGAAGACCCCUGCGAAUGAAAUAUGUGAAGCAAAACCCCAUUCAUACUGAUGUCAUCACAAAACAAUACUGUUUAAUUUACAACAAUUCAUUUAUUGCACCUGACAUAAGUACCUUGGAAUCAUACCGCAUAGUGAUCACCACUUGCAUGGAGGCAAAAUUGUUUUCUGAACUCAAAUUGCCCCCUGGCUUUUUCACACAUAUCCUGAUUGAUGAAGCAGCUCAGAUGUUGGAAUGUGAUGCACUGAUUCCACUGGCCCUAGCCAGCAAUAAAACACGAAUUGUCCUUGCAGGAGAUCACAUGCAAGUAACACCUAAGCUUUUCUCCAUUGAAAGCAGUGAGAUGGCAGACUACACCUUGCUCAAUCGCCUGUUCCAAUAUUAUCAGAAGAAACGACAUGACAAGGCAAUUAAAAGUCGCCUAAUCUUCACUGAAAACUAUAGAUCAGUGAAACAGAUCAUUGACUUUGUAUCAAAGCAUUUUUAUGUGGGAAAGGCCGAUGCCAUUCAAGCAAGUGGAAACAUCCUCCGUCAUCCUCAGUUCUACCCUCUAAUGUUUUGCCAUGUUCAAGGGAGCAGCAGUUUCAACUCUUCCAAGUUAUCCUGGUAUAAUCAGAUCGAAAUUUUCCAAGUUGUUGAAAAGGUGGUAUCUGUCCUAAAUAACUGGCCCAUGGAGUGGGGAACACUGGAUCCAAGCUCAAUAUGUGUUGUGUCUUCUGAAGCGUUUCAGGUUCAGUGCUUGAGGCACGAACUCAGGAAAUAUGGACACUCAUCAGUAACUGUAGAGAAUGUUUUCAAUAUUCAAGGAAAGCAAUUCAGAGUGAUUAUCAUUUCUACGGUGCAUACUUGUAAAAGCAGCAUUUCUUCAAAGAGUGCUGGUUUGGAGUUUUUCAAUCAAUCUAGGGUUUUGAACACAGCCAUGACACGUGCCCAAUCUCUUGUGAUAGUUGUUGGCGACGCGGUGGCUCUUUGCUCUGUUGGAAAAUGCAGCAAAAUUUGGAAGAAGUAUAUUCAGGAGUCUAUUGACAAUCGAGGCAUUUACCCAGAGGAACUCACAAUGCAACAGAUUAAACAGGCCAUUGUUGACACGGAGACCUGGACUUCCAAAGAGGAAGAUGAAAGUGAUAAUGAUUCCUAUUAUUCAGACAAAGAUGUUGAUCCAAUACUACAAGAACUUUUAGAUGAGAGCAAGAAUGUGACAUUAACAGUGACGGAGGAAGGAUUGAUUGACAUUUUUGAAGGCGAGGAAACAGAAUCAGAGAAUAAGAAUAAUGAAGUUCUAGCAAUACCCACCCAGCCCUUGCAGAAGAAGAAAAAUGCGCAGUACACGGAUUAUCCUAUAUAUGUCCUGAAGACAUUGCUAUUAACUCAGCCUACAAAGUACAAACGAUGUGAGAUAGUCAUGGAAAAAUUUUACAAAGGCUAUGCCAUCACCCUGGAUGAACCUCAGUCUGUACACAUUAAGAUAGAAGGUCGAGUUAACUGUGGACAAUCAUUCCCUGGUGACCAAGUUUUAGUUGAAAUUCUGCCCCCGAGCUCAGGCCUAGGUGAUAAUUCUGGUAUAUGUGGAAAGGUUGUUGGAGUGCUGAAGGCAGGUGAUUUGCCAAGAAUCUUUGUCUGCACAGUUGAUGAAUAUGAUUCGCAUGUAAUGGUUCCUGUCAACAAUUGUGUUACAAAAAUCUACACGCCGCCAGCAGAUAAAAAAUCUCGCAACAAAAUCCCCAUUCGCAAACGUAAAAAAGAAAAAUUUGUGACAACAAGAACUAUAUGUCUUACCGAAGAAAUAAAGAGGAAUUAUUUCUUUGUUGUUGAACUACUAUGCUGGCGUAGCUGUUUUUACCUUCCAUUGGGAAUUGUAACAAAAGUACUCCCUGCAGCAGUAACAAUGGAUCAAGGAAUGGAAAUACUGAACUUGGAGUAUCAUGUUCAUGACAGCUAUCCAAAAGAAGUUAUCAAAGAGAUAGCAGAACACAGCCAGAAAUCUAGGAAAACUUUGGGUGGAAAUCGAAGGGACUGCCGGAAGUAUUUCACGUUCACCGUGGAUCCCUUGAAUUCCAAAGAUCUUGAUGAUGCUAUUAGUGUGAGAGAGUUGGAUGAAAAUUAUGAAAUAGGGGUUCACAUCACAGAUGUAACGAGCUUUGUGCCAAAGGGAAGUUCCUUAGAUGAUGAAGCACGGAAGCGUGGAGUUACUUAUUAUCCACCUGACAGAGAGCCAAUUCACAUGCUACCGCCAAAACUCAGUCAAGAAAUUUGCAGCCUGCUGCCAGGAAAAGAAUGCAAUGUCAUCUCUCUGUUUGUUGUAGUACAAAAGCAUACAGACAAAGUGGUUAAAGCAAACUUUUCACUUUCUGUUAUUAAGUCAGACAGAAGACUUUCCUAUGAUGAAGCAGAGGAUAUCAUCAAGAAUUUUAGCGGAAGUGAAUUGAGAUUUGGCACUUUGGAAGAUUCAAUUGCUGUAGCUUUUCACUUUUCCAGAAUUCACAGAAAAUGUCGACUUCAAGAUGAUUGCUAUUAUGAACAGCCUGAUGAAAACAGGCACCCAGGAAACAGGCAAUCCCAUCAGAUGAUUGAAGAACUCAUGAUAAUGAUGAAUAGCUUUGUUGCUGAAUUCUUGACUAAUAAGAAUGAAACAAUGAGUGUGACACCAUUGAGAUGCCAGGGUUCUCCUGCACAUCAGGACAUGGCCAAUCUAGAAAGUAAGCAUAGAAAUUUGAUUUGCCUUUCCAUUCAUCUCUCUCAUCACAUUGGCAUCAUGCCAAAUUUUCAAACUCCAACUUGUGAGGGAUUCCAGAUCUUGUCAUCUUUGUGGAACAGCCUGAUAAUAGCAGCCAAGGAUAAUGACAUUCAUAAGUUGACAGAUUUCAUUACAACAGAUGAUAUACACCCAAGUCUUGCACCAGUAACAUUAGAACUGAGAAAACUUAUGCACAAAUCAUUCUUUGUUUGUUCUAACUCAACACCUGGGUCGAAGCAAGGGCAUUACUCUCUGCAACUUGAAUCCUAUACCUGGGCCACUUCACCCAUUCGCCGAUACCUGGACAUUAUUAUCCAGCGUCUCCUCGUCACAGUCCUAUGCAAGGAACACCUUCCAUACAGCAAACAGGAAAUUGUAAAAUUAUGUACUUAUUUCAACGGAAAGAAUAGGAAGGCCUCAAGUUAUGAAAAAAAAGCUCAGAACCUUCACUUGGCAACACAGCUUAGAAGUCAAGUGAUCCAAAAGCUGGCAUUCGCUGUUGAUGUUGAACCACAAACCAGGUACUUCAAGGUUAUGUUCCCUUUGAACAAUGACACCCUAUCUGAGUUCCACCAUAUAAAUUACAGAACUCUGCAGUUGGUGGAUCAACCUGCAUAUGAUCAGAAGAAAAAAUCAAUGAAAUUAAUUUGGAGGAAAAGAAUCUACUGCUUGCAAACACCAAGAAAUUCUAUUCUUCCACCUGAGCCAUUCUGCAACUCACAUGUCUAUACCAUUAGUGCAAAUACUUGGCAGCAAUUUGUGAAAGCAGUCAAAUCAGAAGAAUUUCCCAAGGUGGCUGCCCUGCUCCUAGAGGAGAGCCAAGGUGCUAAAUCUAGUGGCAAGCAAGGGUACUUUGGAAAGAUAGAAGUAAGCAAAUGCCAACAUUCUUCAGUUUCACAUUAUGUACAUGUUUCCCUGGAGGUUAAAAAUGGUGAUGCAUUGCAGUUGCAGCUGACCACAGAUAUAAAGAAUGGUUUCUUGGUGCCAGCUGUGCAGUUGUUGAGUAUAACUCCAAUGUUUGAGAUUUGCAUUGAACAUGCAGAAAAUCCCAUUACAUGCUUCUCAGCGUACGCUUCAAGGUCACCCCGAAAGGUCUAUAAUGAUGCAAAGGAAUACCAAAUUACCUGGGGACCACUGUGUGCAAUGGAAUCUGCAUCGACUGCUGUAUGUGAGAAUGAAGUUAUAGUCAUCUAUGAUGUUAAGAUAACUUGGACGAAGGAUGAAACACGAGGCAGGAAGCUGUAUGGCUCAUUUUCUAUUCCCAAAGAAUUUUGUAAAAAUUGGCACAUUGAAAGUGUCCUGACCAAUUGCUAUCUGUGUAUCCGGUGUAGAGGCUUAAAACAGAAAGUAGAAAACAAUCUGACCAAAAAUGAUGAGCCUCUUUAUGAAAGUUUUAAGGCCCUUCACAUAUCAAAAAAUUCCUCAGAGCUGAAUAUUGACCCUGAUAGUUACAUCUGGGUGGCACAUGCUGUGACUGAAGAGUUUCAAAAUGAUGGUCCAAAAUCCGAUAGAGAAACCAACCUCAAGACAAACUUUUCUGUGCACAAAAUGUCCAUGGACACUAUCCCAAAUGAGAUAUUCCAGAAGGAUACAAUGUUUGCUGUGGAGAUAAUUCCCAAACUACUUCCUGAUAUACGCAAAGAAGUUGCUGUUCAGAACCUGGCCAACUGUUCGCUACUGGCUCAGAGCAUAGCACUGGGUCAACACAUACCUCCCAGACAUAUUCCAGUGUCACAAUCAGCUAUAUUGAACCAGAGCAGCUAUAACAUUUCUGGAUUCAGAGCCCUCAAUAUGAGUCAAGUAAUAGCGGUUCGUCAAGCUCUUGAAAGCCCUUUCUCUCUUAUUCAAGGUCCACCAGGAACAGGAAAAACGAUCGUUGGAGUUCACAUUGUAUAUUGGUUCCAUCAAAUGAAUCAAGAUCAUAACAGUCACAACUAUCCUUCUGAAAGGAAUGACCAAAAUAAAAGAUGUAUACUUUACUGUGGACCUUCCAACAAGUCUGUCAAUGUUGUUGCUGAGUACCUGCUGAAGCUGCGACCAUAUUUGAAACCACUCCGUGUUUACAGUGAGCAGAUGGAGAUGAUGGAUUUUCCGUAUCCUGGGAGUAACUUGGUGACCUCUAAGAAGUCUGUCAGGGAAGGAAAACCGAAACCUAACCUUAGGUCAAUAACGCUACAUUACAAAAUCCGAGAACCAUCGAAUCCCUUUGCCAAUCAAAUAACAACAUAUGAUGCACGCAUUCAAAGUGGGACAGUAAUGGCAGAAACUGAAAUAGAGACAUACAAGAAAUUGCUCACCAAAGCACGAGGCCAUGAACUUAAAUGUCAUGAUAUCAUCCUUUGCACAUGUGCCACUUCUUCUGGCCCUUUACUAAAAAAAUUGAAUGUGCAGCAAGUAUUGGUGGAUGAGAGUGCCAUGUGUACUGAACCAGAAUUGUUAAUCCCUAUUGUUGCACAUAAACAUGCAGCUCAGAUUGUUCUUCUGGGAGACCAUAUGCAACUCCGUCCCAUUAUAAGCAAUGAGUCCUGCAGGCGUCUUGGCAUGGAGAAAUCACUAUUUGAGCGCUAUGUUCAACGAGCAUCGAUGCUUGAUGUGCAGUAUCGGAUGCAUCAAGAAAUUUGCGAGUUUCCCUCUGAAAGGUUUUAUGAAGGGAAACUGAGAACUGAUCCUAUGAUUGCACGACGUCCUAUAAGUGUCUUCUGCCACCGUGGAAAGAAGAAUUGCCCAAUAAUCUUUGGACACGUGCUGGGAAAUGAAAUUAGUUUGAUGGUUUCGACUGAAGAGGGAAAUGAGAAUUCCAGAGCAAACAAGAUGGAGGCUGAAAAAACCGUGAAUAUUGUUAAGCAGCUAACCUUUGUCAAAAUCAAACCAGGGGAGAUUGCGGUUUUGACACCCUACAAUGCACAGGUGUUAGAGAUAAACAAGCUGCUCAACGCACAUGGAAUAACAGGAGUAACUGUGUGUACCAUCAUAAAAAGUCAAGGAAGUGAGUGGCGUUAUGUCAUUGUUUCUGCGGUCCGUUCCCUUCAAAAAAGAGAAAUUGAUAAGCAGCCUUCAAAAGCCUGGCUGAAGAAACAUCUGGGUUUCAUUACUGAUCCAAACCAAGUGAAUGUUGCACUCACAAGAGCACAAGAAGGCCUUUGUAUCUUGGGAAAUGAGCACUUACUGUGCUGCAGUGAUCCCUGGAAGGAUCUGCUGACAUAUUACAGGAGGAGGAAUGCUUUGGUGAAUGCUGAAGACAUUACUGUGAGGAGAUAGUUGGGAUGUUGCAGCCCAACGACUGAUAGGAAACUCAGGAUUUUCCAAACUUGCUAUUUUGCUUUAAUAUGUUUGAAAACCAUGCAAAUUAGCCUUUUGAUUUCAGGUCUAAACUUCUAACAGACAUUGAUUUCACUUCAUCUGAUUCCUGUACCACUAUUGAAAGUAAUUCUUUGUUUAAACAUAUCAUUUGUGCAAAUCAUUGAUGAAAAUGUGAAGGAGUCAAAGAUGGAUUUACUGAAUUAUAACAAUUCAUGAUGCAUUGCACUUGGUCUCUUAAAAAAUGUACUGCAUAUUAAUUCUAUAUACCCAAUUCAAAAUGCAAGAAUUUUAUAGCUUAGGUGCUAGUUUAUAAACAACACAAAGGAAUAAGGUUUAAAAUUGUAAAUAAAACAUACAUUGUGAAUCUGAAUUUUUAACUUCAGAAGCUCUUCCAGCAUUUUCUGCUUAGAUUUUAAUAUAAUAACUAAUGUUUGAACUAAUUAAUUACAUUCCAAGCUUUUUGUGGUCUUUAGGACUGCCCAAAUUUUAAAUGUUUAUGGACCAAAAAUCAUGGCAGUGUUAUACUUGCCAAUAGAUAGUUGAAAGGGAAAUAUAUUGUAAUUAUGUCUAUUUUGAAAGGGGAAACCACGUUUCAUUUUAAGCUUUAAGUAACCCUUUUAACUAAAAACCACCUAAAGUAAAUGAAAUUGAUCAGCUUUCUCAUCUUCUUUCACAUUUUACUUUCACUCUACCAUUUAACCAAAUGUGUUUUCAGGUAACUCUAUCUGGCUCCACCCCAUUCAAAUCUGGCAAUAGCAUGUUUAUUAAAUAUGAAAUAAUUAAUGCUGAUAAGAUAAGAUUAAGGUACUAUCAGGGAUAGGUAAUAAAACUGUGGGUAUGCUAGAAAUCUCCUGUUCAUUAGGAGUCAAUCUGGUGACAUAACAGAUCAAUAAUGACCUUCUAUCACCCAGAGCUGUUUAAACAGUGAUGUAACAACAGGGAUUCUUAUUAUCACAAAAACUACCAUGAAUUGACUUGGCAGCAGAUACCAUAGCUCCUGCAGUUACAGUGAUAUAUUUUGUAAAGCCUAGUAUUCCUUUUUCCCAGAGUAAAUUAAUAACUUUUGGAUUUCUUUACCAUUUAAUGUGCCUGUAAUAUUUUUGCCAUUUUAUUUUCCCCAUUUGUUGACACUUAUGACCUCCUACCACAUUUGAAAAGGCCAAGACAGAUUGAUCAAUGGACAUUUCUCAUUUCUCUGUGUAGAACUGGCAAGUACAGUAAAACUCUCUCAGUGAUAACCUCCAGUGGGGGGAGGGGUGGGGGGGAAACAUAUUCCUUUAUCCUGAUGUUCUAAUUCAAUACUCUUGAACAUCCGGGAAUAAACUGGAGCUUGAGCAAUUCAUUUGUCAAUAUUCCCAUUAAUGGACUUCUGUUAUAGAACAAGUGUUCUGUUGAUUAGAGAAACUAAAUCAGUUUUCUAUCAAUCUCCAGGGAGAAUCUCUACUUUCAUAACACAUUCCAUGGCCGGAAUUUGAUGGCCCCAUUGUGGAUGUAAAAUGUGGCGAGCCAUUCUAAACUUCAUUGAUUUUGGCGGGAAUGUAAAAUCCCGCUGCCGUAAAAUUCCACCCCACCUAUUUGAAUCUAUGAUCACAGAGAAGUGGACACUAUGAUAUUCAGGAAAAGGGUAAGAAGUAAGAGCAGGAGUCGGCCAUAUGGCCCCUCAAUCUAGCCCUGCCAUUUAUUAGGAUCAUGGCUGAAUUUCAACAUCAACUCCACCUUCCCACCCAAUCCUCAUAUCCCUUGAUCGCAUUAGAGUCCUCAGCCUUUAAAAUACUCAAUGAUUGAACAUCCACAGCCCUCUGGGGUGGAGAAUUCCAAAGUUUCACAAUCCUCUAAGUGUGAAGAAAUUUCACCUCAUGCCAACACUAAGGAUAAAAGAGUGUAAGUCUUCAGUACUACAGCUGGGAUGUC